CUCAACAGAUGAAGACCAGCGCCGCACUCGGUGAAAGAGAAAUUCUUAGAUUCAGAGAGUGCUGAAUAAUAGAAGGCAGCAUAGCACUUUUUCCAUCCAAUUCUUUUCAUUCUUAUGCUUUAGAAGAGAUAAAAUGGUGUGGCACAGUGGGUUAUCGAAUUAGCUUCCGUUAGAUGUGGUUGAAACUGAUGGAAAGUUUAACCGGUCGGUUUUGAAGGUCAAACCGGUUCCCGGUUUUCCGGUUAUUAACGUUUUUUUCCGGUUCAAACAGGUUGAACCGGAAAUCCGGGUUUUAUAGUACAAACGGACCGGACAAGUCUACGGUUCACGGUUAAACCGGUUGAACCGGACGGUCCGGUCCGGAUUUUAAAACACUGCUAGUAACUAUCUUUUCUACGACGUCUCAUUGAGGGCGGUUAUUAUUUUGUUUUGAAAUGACGAGCCUUUUCACGAACUGCUGCACAUUCCUCUGCAUGCACCGUAUAUAUAAAAAAACAGAGACAUUAUUUCUUCUCAUCAUCUUGAAGAAACUGUCAAACUGUUGUUAUUUUUCUGUCUUCUUCAUCGUUAAAAAUAUACAGUUGGUCAACCUUUUUGUUUAAUUUGCUUGGAAAAAAUGUCUCCAACGUCCCUACGUUCACGUUUUCAGCAAUCUGUUACUCGGGAUGCUUUAAGAUCAUACCUUGCAGAGUUUAUCUCUACUUUCUUCUUUGUCUUUGCUGCUGUUGGUUCUUCCAUGGCUUCAAAGAAGUUGAUGCCGGCAGCAGAUCCGUCCAGUCUAGUUGUAGUAGCAAUUGCGAAUGCUUUUGCACUUGCAACAGCUGUAUAUAAUGCCGCCACCAUAUCCGGCGGGCAUGUCAAUCCUGCAGUCACGUUCAGUAUGGCGGUCGGAGGCCACAUCAGUGUCCCUACUGCUCUAUUCUACUGGAUUUCGCAGUUGCUUGCCUCUGUCAUGGCUUGUCUUCUCUUGAAAGCGGCUGCUGUUGGUCAGAAUGUUCCAAGCUACAUAAUUGCAGAAGAAAUGACAGGAUUUGGAGCAUCUAUUCUCGAAGGUGUCCUGACAUUUGGUCUAGUGUAUACUGUUUAUGCUGCCGGAGACCCUAGACGUACUCUGCUAGGAGCCACCGGACCAUUGGCAAUAGGGCUUAUGGCAGGAGCCAAUGUGAUGGCUGCAGGACCUUUUUCAGGUGGAUCAAUGAACCCUGCAUGUGCAUUUGGCUCUGCAGUGGUUGCUGGAAAAUUCAAGAACCAAGCUGUGUACUGGGUUGGACCCUUGCUCGGAGCCACUUUUGCAGGACUUCUCUAUGACAAUGUGGUCUUCCCUAAUCAAAGUUCUGAUAUUCGAGGCAUGUCUGAUGGUGAUGGAGCAUAGUUCUGCUUCUAGCUGAUUUUAUUUCCUCAAUUUGUUAUCUGUUGUGUAUUUUUUAUUUAGUUUUCCUUAAAUCAUUAGUAGUGUGACUAGUAAUUAGACAAUGCUCUUGCUGGAUGUUAUUUGUUACUUGCUCGACGUGAACACUUUUUUAUUUAUGAUGUGAAUGUGCUGUGAUGAUAAUUGUUGAACUCUAA